AUGUUAAAAUUACUCUGCAACAUUGGACGUAUGUCCAAUUUAAAUUCGAAUGCUAUUUUUUUACAUGAUAAAUCAACACGUUUUGUAACUGCUCAUGUUUGUAAUUGGUAUGUUAAUGCCAGUAGUAAAGCCAAAGUCAGUGAUGUUGUUGAUGAUGCUGUUAAAGGAAAAAGAAAGAAAGAUAAUAAAACCGACAAAAAUCCAAGUUCUCCAACAAUGGAAAAACAAAAUAUCGUUAAAAAAACUAAAUCAACAGUAAAAAAAUUGGACUCUGAUAAGAAAAAACCUAAACCAGAAACAAGUAUAAUCAAAAAUUUAAAUAAAUCUAAAUUUUUGGAGGAUAAAAAUAAUGAAGGUGUUGUUAAAAAAUCAACUAAAAAAAAAGCUACAAUUAUUGAGCAAUCUUCUAGUGAUGAAACGAAAGCUGCUCCAGGAAAAGAUGGUAAAAAACAAGAUAAAACAGCAGUUCUACAAGAAAUAGAAUACGAUCCAAGUGCAGAAAAAUAUCAUCCAAUUAAUGAUGCAUGUUGGAAAAAAAAUGAAAAAGUACCAUACAUUGCAUUGACAAAAACAUUUGAUUUAAUUGAAAAUACAAGUUCACGUUCAAAAAUAUCUGAUAUACUUGCAAAUUAUUAUCGUUCAGUAAUAGUACUAAGUCCAGAUGAUUUAUUACCAAGUAUUUAUUUAUGUUUAAAUAGUUUAGCACCAUCAUAUGAAGGCAUAAAACUUGGUAUUGCUGAUAAAACAUUAAUAAAAGCACUUGCCCAAUGUACUGGUCGUACUGUGUCACAAAUACAAUCUGAUAUUCAAAAACUUGGUGAUAUUGGUAAUGUUGCUGAAAAUUCAAGUUCAAAUCAACGUUUUAAGAUGCAACCUUCACCACUAAUGGUCAGCCAUGUAUUUACAAAGCUACGUGAAAUUGCAAAUUUAUCGGGUAGCUCAUCAGUUGAAAAAAAGAUUAACAUAAUACAAUCACUAUUUGUAGCAUGUCGUGAAAGUGAAGCAAAGUUUUUAAUACGUUCAGUAGCUGGCAAAUUACGUAUUGGUCUUGCUGAAUCAUCAGUACUGUCAGCAUUAUCAAUGGCAUGUACAUUAACACCACCAAAUCAAAGUAAUUAUCCACCAGAAAUAAUUGAUUCAAGUAAAAAUUUAACAGCUGAUGAAUUUAAAGAUAAAUAUGAUAAAAUAUCAUCAAUUAUUAAAACAACAUACUGUGAAUGUCCAAAUUAUAAUUUAAUAAUACCCGUUGUAUUUAAUGAUGGUGUUUAUGAAUUACCAAAUAAAUGUAAACUACGUCCAGGUGUACCAUUAAAACCAAUGCUUGCAAAUCCAACAAAAGGUGUACAAGAAGUAUUAAAACGUUUUGAUGGGCUAAAAUUUACAUGUGAAUGGAAAUAUGAUGGUGAAAGAGCACAAAUACAUGUUGAUGAUGAUGGUAAUGUAACAAUAUAUUCACGAAAUCAAGAAAAUAAUACAUCAAAAUAUCCUGAUAUUGUAAAACGUUUAACAAAUGGAUUGAAUCGUGAUAAAAUUAAAAGUUGUAUUCUAGAUUGUGAAAGUGUUGCUUGGGAUAAUGAUAAAAAACAAAUAUUACCAUUUCAAAUAUUGAGUAAAAGAAGACGUAAAAAUGCAAAUGAAUCAGAUAUCAAAGUACAAGUAUGUGUAUUUAUGUUUGAUUUAUUAUAUUUAAAUGGUGAAUCACUUGUACAAGAGCCAUUUUCAAAAAGACGUGCUCUAUUAAAAAAUCAUUUUCAAGAAAUCGAAGGUGAAUUGAAAUUUGCAACAUGUCUUGAUACAACUAAAAUGGAAGAGGUACAAGAAUUUUUAGAAGAAAGUGUCAAGGGUAAUUGUGAGGGUUUAAUGAUUAAAACACUUGAUGAAGAUGCAACAUAUGAAAUUGCAAAAAGAUCAAGAAAUUGGUUAAAGCUAAAAAAAGAUUAUUUAGAAGGUGUUGGUGAUACAAUUGAUGUUGUUGUUAUUGGUGGUUAUAUUGGUAAAGGCAAAAGAACUGGUACAUAUGGUGGUUUUUUGUUAGCAUGUUAUGAUUCAUCAAGUAAAGAAUAUCAAAGUAUUUGUAGAAUUGGUACUGGUUUUACCGAGGAUGAUUUAACAAAACAUACGGAAUUUUUAAAAGGUCAUAUUGUUAAAACAGCUAAAUCAUAUUAUCGUGUUGAUUCAUCAUUAGAACCAGAUCAUUGGUUUGAACCAGUACAAGUAUGGGAAAUUAAAUGUGCUGAUUUAUCAUUAUCACCAGUUCACACUGCUGCUGUUGGUAUUGUUGAUUCAUUAAAAGGUAUAUCAUUGAGAUUUCCAAGAUUUAUUAAAAUUCGUGAUGAUAAAAAUCCUGAAGAUGCAACAUCAGCCCAACAAAUUGCUGAUAUGUAUAAUAAUCAAAAACAAAUUAUUAAUCAACAAGCUAAUAAUUCUACUAAUGUUGAUAAAGAUGAUUAAUAAUUUAUAGGUAGUUUUAUUUUUU